AUGAAGCGAACUGUAGGAACGCAAACUCCGGUGGAGUUUUUGAUGGCUGCCAUUGUGCAAGCAAAGCGCGACGCCGUCGAAGUAGAAGUGGAAGAGCCUCAGCCUUGCCAGCCAAUGGAAUGCAGCAGUGAUACUACCACCACCAAAGCCAAGCCAACGGCCGCCGCCGCCAAGCCAACGGUAUCUACCUCCCAAAAAGCAGCAGUGGUGUUAGCUCCCUCCGUGUUGACGACCUCUCCAUGCACCAAGGGCAAUCUGACCACCAAGACGGAUACUGGAGCCAAGCGACGAGUGCCAAUCUUUUCGCCCAAGUCUCAUGCAGCUGCCAACACUUUGACGAGUCUCUUUUCGCAGGGUGCGCGAAGAUUCUCGGAAGACCGAGUGUCGCCAUUGCAGGAAGACGACGACGACUCAACUGAAGUGGAGGACCUCGACGACGACGACGAAGUUACCAUUGUGAUGGUUACCGGCGGCACCGAUAACAACAGUACUGCCAAUGCUGGCGCUACUGUGACAAUGACGGAUGCCGAGCCUCUUUCCGCAGAAAGUUCUCCAGCUACCAAAACUGCUACCGCUACUACGACUACUGCUACUACCAACACUACGCCCAACACCGAACAAAAGGCGCAACCAACAGCAAGCAAGACCACUGAAGCACAAACACCAGCGACCAAAUCAGUACCGACAAUUCCUACAGCCGCCCACAUCAACGCAAGUGUCCCUACUACUGCUGCUACUACCACCACUACCGCUACCAGAGCGCCCGCCACCACAGCAGCAGUCCAGCCAACCACUGCAGCCCCUCCGAGCCAGGUCAAACAGCCAUACCCCGCACCACAGCAGCAAACCCACUACCCACCUCAUCACCAUCCCCAUCAUCACAGUGCGUCGCCUCAAACUGUGUACUACUCCAGCUACUACCCCGAAGGUCAUCCUCCACCACCACACCCAUCCCAUGGUUGGACGCGGCAUCCUGCUGGGCCAUGGACUCCUGUCAUUGGAGGAAAGGCCCAUCCUGGAAGAACUCCCCAUCAUCGCGUUGCCCACCACCCAUCCGGAUGGAUGCCAACUGUCAUGGAGCAACCAAACGUCAUGUACCACAACCCAUAUGGACCCUCGCCACCGGCCAAGGAUGGAUCGGAUCCCAACUCGGCGGUCCGUCUAGCUUCCACCAACAAUAGCUUGGUCACGCCAACUCCCAAAAAGCCAAAGUUCAAUAACGAUCCUCGUCAGCAUCCCCCGCCACCUCCCAAUCAUCAGUUGGUCCAUGUCCCACCGGGACAUCAGGUUGUAGUGCAAAGAGCUGCGAUUCCUCACCAUCAGUUGCCCAUGUACGCGGCCCAACAUGCUGCUGCUCGACCUCCUCAGCCAGUGGCCCCUUCCGCCUCACUUCCACCUCCGCAUCCUCAAACUACCACCAAGAGCAACAAGAGUGCCGCCACGAUGGGCGAUCAGUCGCAAGACAAUAAUCAGGCACCAGCACCUCAAGUAGCGCAGUCGGCACCAGUGGCACAACAACAGCAGCAGCCGCCGCAACCACAAGGCUACUCGCGCAAAAAGAAGUCCUUGGGUGUCUUGGCGGAAAACUUUUUGGAAACGUUUGAAAAUUGCCCCGCGGGGACCGAAAUCAUUGUGGAUGAAGCUGCCAAUCGGCUGGGAGUGGAGCGUCGACGCAUCUACGAUGUGGUCAACAUUCUGGAAGCCGUCCAGUUGGUGGUCAAAAAGGGCAAGAACACGUACACGUGGCUGGGAAAGGAAUUCCUUCCAGACAUUUUUGGCAAACUGCAAGCCCAGGCGAUUUUGGAGUACCCCGAUGAUGCCGUCCGGUUUGGAUUGAAGACCCCAGUUGCGGCGGAUGCAGCAGCACCUCCCGCUGCUGGUGGUGCUGCUGGCGGUGCUGCUGUUGCUGCUGCUCCCGCUGGUGGACGCCACUCUCGACGUGGCAGCAUGAGCAGCACGCAAAGUGAAGAUAGCCGGGGAGGCUUUCGUUCGCUGGCCAAGCUGUCGCAGCAGUUUCUUCAAAUCUUUUUGGUCGGGUAUGACAUUGUCAGUCUUCCUCAAGCAUCCGAGAUGAUUCAGGGCACUCUCUCCGCGGAAGCCUACGCUGCCAUUGGGACGGCACAUGCCAACAUUGCAUCUCGCUUUGAUCCAACAGCUCCUCCUCCGCCACAGCUGGAGAACCCUGCCGAGUUUCGUCGAGCCGCCCAACGUGGUCUCAAGACCAAGAUUCGUCGUCUGUACGACAUUGCCAAUGUCUUUCUCAGUGUGGGUCUGUUGCGAAAGGUCGAGCACAACUCCACGACCUCCGCGGAUCUGUUCAGCAACAAUCGCCGUCCCAAUUUCCAGUGGGCCUAUCACAUGUCUCCAAAACAGAUCCUGGAGGUCUUUACGGCACGAAAGCGCGAGAGCCCAAUGGGCAUUGGGGGACUGGGACACCCGAAUUUGCUUCGUAUGGCUCAAACCACCUCCCGAUUUGCCCCAGUUCCACCCCCAUCGUUCGUGCCUGUCCAGGUAGAUCUUGUCCAACAGUCCAACCAGGAUGAACGAACACCCUCGAGGGCCGAAGGAAAGAUCUUGACCGAUACUCCCGUGUCCGACAGCACUGUUGAAACAGACCCUCCUUUGAGUGUGACGACGUCGAACUCUUCCGAGACUGAGAACGUUGAGACGGCGACUCCUUCCAACACGAGCGAUGCAACUGUGGAAGUUCCUUCGAAAACGAUGGAUGGCAAGGCCACCUCUGGUACCGACGCGGCUGGAGGCAACGUGUUGGCAAACAUUCAUCAAAGCGGGGGCGCUUAUCAGCCGUCGCCAGCUCCCAUCAUGGCACGGACCGUUACUCAAGCUGACGAUGCUUAG